GUCUGUCCGAUGUGGCGAACGCGAUGGCGAUGGGAUCCGUAUUCUAUGCGCCCCUCUAUACCUACCUCUACCUGAAGUCAAUCUCAUACCCACAGGCCACAGUUCAUCAGCCAUUGCCAUUUAUCCUCUCCUUACUCCCACUCUAAUUGGUAGCCGCCGCCGCCGACGAGGCUACAGCACCGACCGCUCGAGCGUUGACGCGAUCUCCCUCGACUGGCGUCGGAGAUCGUUCGUCGACAACGUGCCCCACGCCGUAUUUUCUGACUACCCGGAGUCAACGCCAGCUCUGCUCCGGCUACCCUGAUUUUCCCGUCGCCGGAAUCAGUCAGUAUACCAUAUAAAGCCACGAUGCCUUCCGGCUCGGGCUCCGACCCGCUGCUCGCGCGCGCCGACGGCAGCAGCAUGGAGGAAGACGACGGCAUCGACGUCGCGGCGGUGGACCACCGCGGCCGUCCCGCCCCCCGCGCCUCCACCGGCCGCUGGCGGUCGGCGCUCUUCAUCAUAGCGGUGGAGAUCGCGGAGCGGUUCUCGUUCUACGGCGUGUCGGCGAACCUGAUCAGCUACCUGACGGGGCCGCUGGGCGAGAGCAACGCCAAGGCCGCGUCCGCCAUCAACGCCUGGAACGGCGUGGCGCAGCUGCUGCCGCUGCUCGGCGCCGCCCUCGCCGACUCCUGCCUCGGCCGCUACCGCACCAUCGUCAUCGCCUCCCUGCUCUACAUCCUGGGUUUAGGCAUGCUGGCUCUCUCGACAUUGCUCUCCUCCGGGGAUCACAAAUGCAUUAACACCGACGGCGGCACGCCCUGCCCGCCGCCGUCCGGUCUGCAGAUGGCCGCGUUCUACACCUCCCUCUACCUGGUGGCCCUGGCGCAGGGCGGGCACAAGCCGUGCGUCCAGGCCUUCGGCGCCGACCAGUUCGACGCGAGCCACCCGCGGGAGGCCGUCUCCCGGAGCUCCUUCUUCAACUGGUGGUACUUCGGCAUAUGCGCCGGCACCGCCGUCACGCUCGUGUUCCUCAGCUACAUCCAGGACAACAUCGGCUGGGGCCUCGGCUUCGGCAUCCCGUGCGUCGUGAUGCUCUGCGCCCUCGCCGUCUUCUUGCUCGGCACCCGCACCUACCGCUACUACGCCUCCGACGGCAAGCAGCGGAGCCUGUUCGCUCGUGCCGGCGAGGCUUUCGCGGUGUGGCGGAGCAAGCGGCGGAAGUCGAGUCCCCUUGCAGCCUCCGGUUCGCAUGAAGCUCAUCGACCGGCAACAUCGGCGCCGGAAUACAGUGCUCAGGUCGACGAGGAAGAGCAGGGGGUGGUGAUCAGAAACGCGGACCUCAUCGAGGAAGUCAAGGGCGUCCUCCGGCUGUUCCCGAUCUGGGCGACGUGCCUGAUCUACGCCGUGGCGUUCUCCCAGUCGUCCACGUUCUUCACGAAGCAGGCGGCGACCCUCGACCGGCACGUCGGCAAGCGGGUCCAGGUGCCACCGGCGGCGCUGCAGAGCUUCAUCAGCAUCACCAUCGUGCUCUUCAUGCCCAUCUACGACCGCGCCAUCGUGCCGCUGGCGCGCCGCUGCACGGGCGUCUCCUCGGGCAUCACCAUGCUGCAGCGCAUCGGCGUCGGGAUGGUGCUCUCGCUCGUGUCGAUGGUGGUGGCGGCGCUCGUGGAGACACGCCGGCUCCGGAUCGCGGCGGACGCCGGCCUGGCGGACCUGCCCAGGGUGCCGGUCCCGAUGAGCCUGUGGUGGAUGGUGCCGCAGUACGUGCUGUUCGGCGCGGCGGACGUGUUCACCAUGGUGGGGCUGCAGGAGUUCUUCUACGACCAGGUGCCCGACAAGCUGCGCAGCAUCGGGCUGGCGCUCUACCUCAGCAUCUUCGGCAUCGGCAGCUUCAUCAGCAGCGGCCUCGUGUCGGGCAUCGACAAGUGGAGCUCGGAGAGGGGGCAGAGCUGGUUCUCCAACAAUCUCAACCGCGGCCACCUCGACUACUUCUACUGGCUCAUCGCCGCGCUCAGCGCGCUCGAGCUUGUGGUGUACGUCUUCUUCGCCGUAACCUUCAAGUACAAGAAGAAGGCAGCAUCAGCUACCGUUGGUUAGAAUUAGCGGUAUAUACUCGUGCUAGGCAGAGGAUAGAUAUGAAUUCAAGGUGUACAUGCUUACAUUUUUCGGAUGGCUAUUCCCCACUUCGACAUACCGGCCGGGCCGAUUAUGACACGCCAAGAAGGAUUUUUAUAGGAGAACAUGGCUACAGAAAUUUGAUAGGAUGACACUUGUCAUUCUAAGAAA